AUGACACAAAUGCUUGUGGACAUACUAUGCUAUGUCGUAGUCAACAAACUGACGGAAACACAAACAGAUAAACAUUUACAGCAAGCAAUGGCAGGGCAGAGCACCAUUUCAAACAAGUUGCGACAGACGGAGCGAGCGGAAAUGGUCUUUAGAGACAACUGCGAGGAAUGAGGAAGAGUUACGGCGCACGACUACAAGACUGCAACUGGCAUCGGGUGUCUACCCGGCGACAGACACGUGCAGCUGCACAAUGAUUAGCCGAGUUUUAAACUGCGCCAGGCGGAUUUUCAUGCCAAACAAACGUCUUCUCAUGGGGAUGGCUAUGAUGGUCAUAGUCAUCAUCAUUGUGUCCAGUAAGGUGGGUUACAUGCAGACAGCAAAAUAUGUUGAGAAGAUGUUCAGCUCUGUAAGCAGCAAGUCAGCCGACUUCGUCAACAACCCAGAAGACAGCAAGUCAGCCGACUUCGUCAACAACCCAGAAGACAGCAAGUCAGCCAAAUUUUUCAACGUAGAAUGGGCCGACGAGUCCGUUGCUGAGAUGCUGAAGCAACGUGUCCGAGUUUUGAUAUGGGUCAUGACGUCACCACAAUCGUUACCUAGGGCACGUGCCGUGAAGAAGACCUGGGGCACCAAGUGUGACCUGUUGUUGUUCUUCAGUUCAGCCAACAACACGGAGAUUCCCACCAUAGGAUUAGACGUGAAGGAAGGAAGAGAGCACUUGUUUGGCAAGACCGCUCAGGCGUUUGACUACAUCUAUGAGAACUACUUUCCAUUGGCGGACUGGUUUAUGAAGGCUGACGACGACACGUUUGUGGUGGUGGAGAAUUUACGUCACUUCCUGUAUGACAAGAACGCGAGCGAACCGCUAUUAACUGGUCAUCGUUUUGAUCUCUCUCAUCUGGACGUGAGUCACCAGAGCGGCGGUGCCGGGUACGUUUUGAGCAAAGAAGCCCUCAGGCGCUACGGCACCCGACGACGCAAGCCACCCGAGUGCAUCGCCAAGUCGACCAACGAGGACGUGGAAAUGUCGCGCUGCCUACAGCAGCUGGGGGUCACCCUCCUGAGUUCCUUCGACGACAAACGACGCAGCCACUUCCACCCGUACCAGCCGGUGUUCCACGUGGGCACUGACGACAUCAGUGAACACGCUAUCAGCUUCCAUCACAUCACACCUCAACAGAUGUCGGUUCUCUACUACUACAUUUACCGCUUCCGGCCUUUUGGCCUCAGCUAUAAGUUCGGCUAGUCCGCAGGCCCAGACACAUGAGCUUCAUUAAUUAAGGUCCGUCUAUUUCUGGCUUUGACAUUUCCACAGACUCCGGUGUGUAGAGGCCAGACAGUCCCAGUGUUUCAUCAGAUUUUAUAUCGCUGUCCACAGGAUUUAAAGUGGCAGCUCUUUUUAUUUUUAAUUUCAUUUCGCGAUAUUUAUUCCUACCUAUGGUCACGUGAUCAACGUGCAAAAUGUUGAAAUGCGGGGGAAAAGACGUUGAAAAUUAUUGACGGUUAGUAUUAUAAAAUCUCCCUAUUCAUUUUACAAGUACGUCAGUUUUAUACACCACGACUUCACCACCACAAGCUCGCAACGCCCUGAGCAUCCAGCAGUAUCUGGCUGAGAACAACAUCACUUAUCUGGAACAACCUCCCUAUUCACCGGCUCUUGCUUCAUGUGACUUAUCCCUUCCCCCCAACCCCAAGUUCCAGAGGUCAUCAAGGGGGUCAUCAAGAGGAUCCAUGUUGAAGACGUGGAGGUCAUCAAGGGGGUCAUCAAGAGGAUCCAUGUUCAAGACGUGGAGGUCAUCAAGGGGGGUCAUCAAGAGGAUCCAUGUUCAAGACGUGGAGGUCAUCAAGGGGACCGUACCGACAGAGCUGAGGGGCGUCCCAGCAGAAUCCUUCCAACAGUGCAUAGAACCAUGGUAGAGAAGGAUGGCAAGAUGCAUGAGAAGGAGAUUACCUUGAAGUGCAAACCAUGUUGUUUGUUGCUUGGAAUUGAAAUAAAUUAUUUAAAACACCA